AUUAUCCAUUGCCUCAACCUUUUCCCCUGAACCUACCACUUCAAGUCAUUCAUUUCAGCACACGGCAAUUCUACGACGACGGCUACCGAUAUCUGCGCCUCAACCACAUAUUUUGACCCUUUAUUUCGACACAAUGGCCGUUCUUGGAUCGUUUCGCAAGUGGUUGAGCCUCAAGCAAUACCAGCUGGAAGUCACUUUCAGUGUGUACAUGUUCACGCCCUGGGAGAAGUUCUUUUUCAGCUCCAUUGUUUUUCUGCUCUUCAGCUUGACCUUCAUCGCUGCCUGUCUUUACCUCCCGCAUCACAUCUCUUUCCUCGUCGGUCGCGCCUGGUACUAUAUCAACGGAGACCACAUUGACGUUGCCGAAGUGGUGCAGGAAGCUGUUAAAGAAAUGUCUGCGAGCGCGCUAUCCGGGACAACUGCAAGCGUCGUAGAUGUUACCAAGGAGACUGUCGAGACGGUUGUGAGAGAACUAUAA